AUGUUAGACUCAAACCCAAAUUUCAAUUUCCCAAAAUAUCUCGAUAUCCAGCCUUCUACCUUUUCUGUCGCGAAAGAUUCGAGCACAUUAUCCGGUAUAUACGGACAUGAAUCGCAAAGACAGGCUAUUGAGACGUACGGAAUCGCAGGAAGAGUCUGGGAGGCGGCAUAUAUUCUUAACAUAUACCUCAAUCCACCUUCAAAUCUCAUCUUUAAUCCCGCCUUCCCAUGCGAGGAGAAGCGCAAAAGCAUCCGGAUAAUUGAGCUUGGCUCUGGUUCGGGCAUGGUUGGUAUCAAUGUUGCGCUUUCUCUCAAAUUACAGCUCGGCGACCGGCUGGUUUUAACUGAUCUCUCAGAAGUUUGUCCUUUACUUGAGAGUAACUUGGAAGCUGGAUGCAAGGACCCCAAACUACGCGAUCUGAUCUACGUUCGCCCAUUGGCUUGGGGAAACAGUGAACAUGCCAAUCGCAUCAGAUCUGAGCUGGUGGCUGAUCAACGCUCGCAUUGUCCCCCGCUCACUCAUAUCUUGUGCAGCGAUUUGGUCUAUUUUCCCGAAUUGCUGGCACCAUUACUCCGUACACUCAUUGAUCUUACAUCGCGCCCAUUCGCAAGUCCCCAGCUCGAGGUCCUAAUAUCGUACAAAAUUCGCAGUUUAUCAAAAGAAACCCCAUUUUGGGCUGCAUUUGGUUUGUGGUUCACAUAUGAACCUGUCCUCGUUCGCGAGCAACUUCCGGAUAGCUCUCUCUCCUCUUGGCAACGAUUUGGCUCUGCUUUUGAAGGGCCGAUGUUCAUCUUUAUUGCUCGACGUCGCCCGGAAUCUUUGGAUUGGAUCAUUCCUUCAGAAGAUAACGAUCUAUUGGCAGGUUUCGGUGCAUAUGGAACUAUGCAUCCGAAAGUUGAUGAUACCUUUGAAAACAUAUUGUUCAUGUCGUUGGGCGACACAACAGAGUGA